AUGGCGACUCAAAUCAUAUACUUUUUCAAUUCGGUGCUGACCAAGUCGUCAUUCCUCCUACUCUACUACCGCAUAUUCGGCGUGGUCCAAUACUUCCGCUGGGUUCUGUACGCAUCGGCAUUCUUGGUGAUCGCUUAUUUCGUCGCUUGCACUCUCGCUGCCAUCUUCGGAUGCUGGCCAGUGGCCAAAUUCUGGAACCCGUCUCUUCCCGGCCAUUGCGUUGACGAAGUGUCGUUCUUCCGCUGGAGUGGCAUCGCCAAUAUCCUACUCGACGUGCUCAUCCUGUGCCUUCCUUAUCCAAUGGCCUGGAGGCUGCAAACGACCCUACGACAAAAGCUCACUCUGAGUGGCUUGUUCCUUUUGGGCGGCUUGUGA